AUGGCGUCCUGGGAGGAUUUUGACGUCACAUUCCAAUUCAACCGACAUUUCACAUACGACAAAAAGCUUAUUGACACGAUCAAUGGCAAUCGUAGAUCAUUGGAAAAUCGGCUCUUUAUCGACCGACUGCUCGGUUUGACGGGCGUGAAAGCAGUUCAUGAAAAAUAUCCUCCCAAGUCCAACCAGCACCUCCGAGAGCUGUAUAAGCAGAUUCUCUUAUCGUCCUUUCCCAAUCAUCAGAAACAAGCCGUGAUCUAUUACCUUCUCCGAGAUUGCCGCGCCAACGAAGCGCUUGCCCAGUUUCUUAGACGAUGCUCUAUCCCAGACAAAUAUCAGCUAUUCAUUGAUGGGCUUUGGCAUUUGGAUCGCCUUGAGUUUCCGCUAGCAUUGCAGUAUCUCACCGAACCCUCCCUCAUCCCAACAUUUCCCGACGAAAUCCUUUACAUAUUGACCCUACCCAAGCUGCCGAAACAUGAUGACUCGUUAGCGAUAGCUUAUUACUUGACGGUUUCCCCGCCACUCGAUUCCGAGAAGGUUCAGUCAUCUUAUUUCGAGACCCUCUGUCGCGCAAGUAUUACUGAAGCAUUCUACUUCCUACGCAAAUACGAUGACUCUCGUCGAAGACAAUUUCUGGAGCAGCUCAUUCUGUUCGUCCACAAGACUCCGACCGGAAAUUUGAGAGGUCAGCGCGCAAUUGAAUUACUCAACUUACCGUUCGACAACGAGGAAGAAUCAUGGUUUGAAGAGUAUCUUCUCAAAGGAAAAGUCGCAACACUAUCUGGCGCCAAGGAUACUGUAUUGAUGCGGCGACUCGCGACUGGCAAUACCCGAGAUCUUCCACCAAGUGUGAGAUCACUAGGCGGACCAAAGAUCGAUGGCAUCAACUGGGAUGAUCUACGACAAGGCUUUAAUAGGGUUGAUUCACUCUAA